UGAGGCUUCAUCAUCGUCAUUUCGCUUGUCUGACUGCCAAAUCGUGCAUUAUUUUUUGCUUUUCCAGUAUCAUCCAUUUCCCAGAGAUAUAUAGUUUUCGUUACUGCAAAGUACGUUUCUUUCUUGCAUUCCACUACUAUUCUUGUCCCCCCGGGUCGUGUCACGGUUGAGGGCCAUCAUCAUCAGCUGCCGCGACGGGCAACCGCGGCGGCCUGCGGCGCGUCGUCGCGUAGCAGCGGUCGUUUCUCGCGGCAGACGGCCCGUCAGCCACGACGGCGGCGCGCCGCCGGUGGUUCGGCGCCCGCCGGCCAUGGUGUCCCGGGUCGUCAAGGGCAUCAUGCUGUCGCGCCAGAAGGAGCUGCCCAAGCUGCCCGUGCCGGCGCUCCAGGAGACGCUCGAGCGCCUGUGGCUCUCGCUGCAGCCCAUACUGAGCGAGCAGGAGCUCGACGCCUCUCGAAAGGCGAUCGACAAAUUCGGGGAACGAGGAGGCGAGGGCGAGUACCUACACAGGGUGCUGACCUACCGGUACAAGCGUCUGGACAACUGGCUGGACGAGUGGUGGCUAAACACGGCGUACCUGGACGUGCGGACUCCCCUGCCGGUGCACUCUAGCCCGGCAGCUCUCUAUCCCCGGCAGACGUUCACCUCGGAAGAGGACUUCCUCCUAUUCGCUGCUAAGAUGACGGCUGCCGUGCUGGAGUUCAAGGACUUAAUCGACAGGCAAGCGCUUACCCCCGAGACAGCGAGGCACAUCCCGCUGGACAUGACCAUGUACUUCAAGAUCUUCUCCAUGCACCGCAUUCCGAAGCCCGGGCGCGACGAGCUCGUCUCGUACCUCGACGACGCCGAUCCGCCGCGCCACAUCGUCGUCAUGCACAACAACCACCUGUUCCAGGUGAACGCGUACAAUGGCCGCAAGCCCUUCAAGGAGCGCGACCUGUACCCACUGCUGGUGUCCGUGGUCAACGAAUCGCGUUCGGUGGCGCCGCCUGUCGGCAUGCUCACCACCGAGGACCGGGACUCGUGGACGGCGGCCUGCCAGCGACUCGCCGCCGAUGGCACCAACGCGCGGAGCUUGGAUGCGGUGCAGCGCAGCAUCCUGGUGCUGUGCCUGGACGAGGCGGCCGGCGAGAAGGAACCGUGGGAGGUGCGCUGCCCACUGCACAUGCUCGUCGGCGGCGGAAACGCCCAGUGCGCCGGAAACCGCUGGUACGACAAGAUUGCACAGGUCAUCGUGAGCGCCGAGGGCGACGCAGGCAUCGUCAUGGAGCACGCGCCCAUCGACGGCACGGUCGUGGUUCCCCUCAUGGACUACUGCUACACAUACAUGAAGAAGACGUCGAAGCACAAGCUCGACCCUCCGACUUGCCCCGGCGACAAGCCUUUAAAGUUGGAGUUCAACCUCAGCCAGGAGAGCCUGCACGACAUCGCUGUAGCCAAGACCAAAAUGGAAGAGUUGGCACGAGACGUGGACGUCAUCGACCACCGGUUCGAGGAGUACGGCAAGGACUUCGUCAAGUCGUGCCGUAUGAGCCCCGACAGCUUCAUCCAGAUGGCCUUCCAGCUGUCCUUCUUCCGACUGCACGGCCACAGCCCGGCGACGUACGAGAGUGCGUCGACGCGCAUGUUCCUGCUGGGGCGCACCGAAGCCAUCCGGUCGCAGUCCAAGGAGAGCGACCAGUUCUGCCGCGAGUACCUGAGCGGAAAGCUCAACGUGGCCGAGCGAGACGCCCUACUCAGGAACGCUGUUGGCGUCCACAAGGACUCCGCAUCGCUCGCAAUGUACGGGCAAGGAGUGGAUCGAGUUCUCCUCGGUCUCAAAAAAGUUGCGGAGGAAAUGGAUCGACCGCUGCCAGAACUCUACAAGGACCCCGGUUACAUCAAGAGUAUCAAUUAUGAGUUAUCCACCAGCCAGGUGUCGGCUCACAACGACAUCCUCAUGACCUUCGGCUACUCGGUGCCCGGGGGCUACGGCAUCUGCUACAGCAACCAUUGCAACCAGUUCCGCUUCAGCAUCUGUACUCGUCACUGCAACAAGGAGACGUCGGCAGUGAAAUUUCGCGACGCGCUGGAGACCACGCUCAAGGAGUUCGGCAACAACCUGAUCACGCUGCAGAAGGCCAAGCUUUGAAAACGUGCACCUCCACCGCGAAGCCCGACGAACUUGGACCUAUAGCCACACAUGUCGGGCGCUAAUGCAUGCCGCUGCGCUCGCGACCUUCUUCAUGAACGAUGCGCGCAUCUCUGAACAGGAAAAGCGGGCUUUCCUGCUGCGACCCUUCAGUGCCGGGACGACGCCAGAUCUUCAAAUUGACUUUGUACAGACUCCACGAAGUUUCUGGAACCGAACUUCAGAGAAAGAGAAAAAGAAAGACGAAACAUUCGGCGAUUUCUGUAACAACGCGGAAGUGCUUCAGAAAUUUUAUUGGCUGUCAUCUUGCAGAGCAUCUUGUCAUCUUGGCUAGUCAUCUUGCAGGCAGUUUAACUAGCGCUCGCUAGCUUCGCUUGCAAAAACUCUCCAACAAAAUAAGUUAAACCCCAUUUCAAAGGCAGCAAUGUACAAAAAGAAAGAAAAGAAAGAAAGAAAUGAAAGAAAUAAGGAAGGAAAGCAGAAACAAAUAAAAGCAUUUCCAUCGUAGCCCAGGGGUGCUAUUCUGCCAGACACGGUCAACUUGAACCAUGUUGUCGAACUCCAUCAUGUCGGCGUUUUGAUCCAAUCGCAGAGGCCGUACCAGCCUUGUGGGGCCAAUCAGGGCUGACACGAUCGCGGAUUCGAAUGCACAUGGCGGAAUUUGACGGCCGGUGUCCAGAUUAUCACCGCAGGAGAUGCAGAUAGUGCGCCUCUUGCUUUUGCUUUUUUUUUUAUUUGGGGAAGGGAAAAGCGAAGUAUGAACUGUUAACGGGGGCCUGAAAUUACGCAUAGUAUAAACACGAAGGCGAGUCAAGCCAUAAGUGCAACGAUGUGCGAAAUUCCGCACAUUGAUUUCCCCACAAAGCUGGAACGGUGACUGACUGGCUGAACGCUGACUGGCUCCGUGCAGGCACGGAUUACGGGUAGGAAUAAGCAUGACUGAGUGUGUCCUUGCCGUGUACGUUAAAAACAGCACCUUGCGUUUCUUGGAUGCAAAUUCUGCUGUUUUACUGGUGAUGUUUUUGUCCACGUGGGGCUAUCUUGCAUGUCGUAUACAGAGCCAUCAAAGUAAUACAUUUUAAUUAAAAUGCUAUGCUAACUUUGCGAACUCUGCUUGAACAGGUGGUCUAUGCGCUUUGGUGAACGAACUUUUCGCGCACAAGUAUUUAGAGUCAGCAAACACAAAACAAUUUUGUUAAUUAUCCUUUUUUUAUAUGUUGCGAUUAUAUGGCAUACGUUUGUUAGAAACUUGGAAAGCAAUCGUAUUCGCAGACAACUGCAUUUUGUUUGAUCCUUCCGUAGCGCUUUUCUUCCGAGA